GAGAGUGCCGAACCCUCAGGCUAGAGCUGGGCGGGGCUCCGGAGAUUGCCGAGCGAGGAGGCAUGCAGUAAAGAUGGCGGCAGCAACGGAAGGUUCAGAUAUAGAGGAGUCCUUGCUGAGCUUCGAGAAGUUGGAUCGAGCGUCACCCGAAUUGUGGCCUGAGCAAUUGCCCGGUGUUGCAGAGUUUGCUGCGUCUUUCAAAAGUCCUAUUAGCAGCUCCCCUCCUAAAUGGAUGGCCCAGCUAGAAAAUGAUGAUAUGGACAUGCUGAAAGAAUUAGGGAGCCUAACCACUGCUAACCUAAUGGAGAAAGUGCGAGGCCUCCAGAAUCUGGCCUAUCAGCUUGGACUGGAUGAAUCUCGGGAGAUGACCCGUGGGAAGUUCCUCAAUAUCUUGGAGAAGGUGAAGAAGUGACUGAGUGGAUGAUCAUUAAGAGAAUUGACUGUGGACGUGUUAUGGCGAUCGUUCAUUUUCUAACUCUGUCCAUAUGAGAGGACCCAGGAUGGGUGUUGGUCCCCAGAUCGCAUUAAAGCACAGCCACUCUUAGUAAAGAGGCAGCUAAAAUGUUUUUCUAUGUUUCUGUGAGUUUUAAACUUUCCUGAACAGAAAUCAUUACUUUGAACAAUGUGCAAAUUAAAGAGAUAUUUGCAAAUUGUCCAGUUACAAUCUAAAAGCAUACUUUUCAAAACUGUUUAAUUAAGAACAAGUUUUAUGGUUGAUAUAUUAGUCCAUGAAAUGGCUAUCAGAGUUUUGCUAGUUAAAGAACUUUACCUAACGUGGCACUCAAUGCACUUCUGUAGUGGUUAUGGUGCAAAGAGUCCACUGGUGCCACCUCACAGUAAGAAGCCAAAACAUUUUUAAACAGUUUGACACUAACCUUGGUUGCAAACUGUACUUUUUUUUUUUCUUCUUCUAAAAUAUAGUCAAAGCAGAUGUUCCCAUUCUACUAUCGUAAAUCUUUCGACCUCAUUCAUUAAAUGUGCAAAAUGUCUUUUAGCCAAUGAAUUGAACUUUAGUGAUAUCGUAGAAGACCGGCAGAGCAGUGGGCUCCUGAAGCAUCCUAGGCUUGACUGUGCUUGGGGGCCAGUGUCUACAACUAUUAAAAUAUUCUGCUAUUUA